AUGCUACAUUCUAUCAUUUUAAAGGCUUUCACCAAGGAGUUUGUAAAUGAAUCAGCUGCGCUCAAUCUCACCAUAACAGAACCAGUGAAACCGUUCAAUGUGUGUUAUGAUGCAGACGAUGUUCGUGACACACGUUUAGGACCAGCUGUUGCAACCAUUGAUCUCAUUAUGCAAAGUGAUGAUGUGUUCUGGAGAAUCUUUGGAUCAAAUUCGAUGGUCAGGAUUGUGCGUGAAGGAAACGACGUGUGGUGUCUUGGGUUUUUGGAUGGUGGGGCCAACAUGAGGACUGCGGUCGUGAUUGGAGGGCAUCAAAUGGAGGACAAUUUGCUGCAGUUUGAUCUAAACAACAAUAGACUAGAAUUUAGUUCUUCAGUUUUAGCACAUGGUACAAUGUGUGCCAACUUCAAUUUUACAACAAAUCAUGUCUUAGGAUGA